AUGAUGAUGGACGAACUGGUCGACUUAGAUGAGAAGAGAAUGUUAGCCUUGGAUUCACUACAAAGGCAGAAAGAAAAAGUCGCCAGAGCCUACAAUAAAAAGGUGAUAGGAAAAAUGUUCGUUGUCGACGAUCUAGUUUGGAGAGUGAUCUUGCCUAUGGAUAGAAAUGAUAGAGUUUUGGAUAAAUGGUCCCCUAAUUGGGAAGGACCGUUUAAGGUUCUGCAGGCCUUCUCUAAUAACGCCUACGAGGUCGAAGAGUUGGCACCAGAUAGGCGAAUCUUAAGGAUAAAUGGAAAGUACUUGAAAAAAUAUAGGCCUCUCCUUCAAGAGGUCAAGAUUGUGACAGACUAA